AUGCCGUCGACGGUUGAAGAGAAGCAGCCCAUGGAGAUGGACGAGGCCUACGUCCCGGAUACGCCCGAGACUGGCGGUUUGUCGGCCACGGACGAUGAGCCAAUUGACCCCAAGGCGGAGCGCAAGCUGCUGCUGAAGCUUGAUCUUGUCAUCUGGCCUGUCUUCUUUGUGAUCUACAUGAUGUCCUUCUUGGACCGCAUCAACAUCAGCAAUGCUCGCAUCCAGGGCAUGGCCGCUGAGCUCGACAUGCUUGAGGGCACCCGCUUCAAUAUAGCCCUCUUUGUAUACUACAUCUCAUACAUCAUCUUUGAGAUCCCCUCCAACAUGGUCAUCAGCAAGUUCCGCCCUUCCCUGUACCUGACGAGGCUCAUGUUCUGCUGGGGCAUCAUCAACAUGUGCAUGGGUUUCGUUCACUCAUACGGCGCCCUCGUUGGCCUCCGAUUCCUCCUAGGUAUCUUCGAGGCCGGCGUGCUCCCCGGCAUCAUCUACGUCACGUCGCUCUACUACAAGCGCCACGAGUACCAGAAGCGCGUGUCCUUCUUCUUCUGCAGCACGGUUGUGGCUGGCGCCUUUGGCGGCCUUCUGGCGUACGCCAUUACUGGCCUGGCUGGGACCCACGGUUUAGCCGCGUGGCGCUGGAUCUUCAUCAUCGAGGGCGCCCUCACCUCUGGCCUGGCAAUCCCCUUCAGCUUCCUGGUCAUUGACUGGCCCGAGCAGACCAAGUACCUCAAUGCCGAGGAGAAGGACCUGCUGCGCCACCGCAUGGCACUCGACGUCGCCGACGCGUGCCGCAUGGAUACCCUCAAUAAGUCAUCGGCCAAGCGCGCCCUGGGCGACUACAAGAUCUGGCUCGCGGGCUUCCUCUACAUGGGGGUCAGCGUGGCUGGCCUGUCUGGCACCUUCUUCCUGCCUACGAUCCUCAACGAGUUUGGCUGGAAGGCCCAGCAAGCCCAGGUCCGGACCAUCCCUAUCUACGUCUUCGCCGCCGGGAUGAUGAUCAUCGGCGCGUGGGCCUCUGACCGGCUCAAGCACCGCUUCGGCUUCAUCAUUGCUGGUGCCCUCAUGACCACCGUUGGCUACUCGAUGCUGCUCAACCAAGUCGGCAAGUCGCGCGAAUACAAGUUCGGAGCCGUCUUCCCCAUCUUCGGAGGUGCCUAUAUGAUCGCCCCUAUGUGCCUGGGCUGGUUGCAGAACAACCUGUCCGGCCGCUGGAAGCGAGCCUUCGGCGCCUCCAUCCAGGUCAUGGUCGGCAACGUCGCUGGUAUCAUCGGCGCCAAUAUCUUCCUCAUCAGCGAGAGCCCCGUACCCGGCCCCAACGGCCAGGUCUACACCGGCCGCCCCUACGUGACAGGCUACAGCGUCUCACUGGCCUUGAUGUGGUUUGGUGCUAUUUCUGCCACGGCCAUGUUCUUCCUCAUGCGCCGCGAGAACAAGAAGAGAACUGCUGGUGAGCGUGACCAGAUCCUCGAUCUGCCCGAGGAGGAGAGGAACAACCUGGGUGACCACCACCCUAGCUUUCGGUUUACUCCGUAA